UUAGCCACCCAUCUCAGAGUUUUGUAGAACAUAAACUUCGUAAUUCAUCCCAUACGGAGAAAUGUUUCACUCAAAUUUAUAGAUUAGUUGAUUUCAUAGACAAUAAAGAAGUGGAUUCUGAGGUUAACUGAAGCUGCCAUGUUCAGUUUGUCCACAGACAACUAGUUGUUCUGAAAGUGCUGCGAAUACUGGUAGUAUUUGUUGUGAAACUGGCCUUUACAAAUUAUAGAAGUCGUGUUGUACGUAAAUCAAAAGAUGACAUCGUUUGUCGGCGACGAAAUAAAACACGUGUUACUAACCGGACGUCCAGGAAUUGGUAAAACAACUUUAAUCAAAAAGAUAUAUGAUUCACUGAAAGUCAAAGGUGUUGAAGCUAAAGGCUUCUUCACAGAGGAAGUAUGUGAGAGUGGAAGGAGAAUUGGAUUUGACAUUGUGGCUCUGGAUGGAAGAAGAGGAGAGUUAGCAAGAGUACGAGGCAAGCAGAUUGAGAGAAGCCAUCCUGAAUACUGUGUUGGCCAGUAUAUUGUUAAUGUGAAGUCUUUUGAAGCUGUUGCAUUGCCCGUAUUUUGUGAUGUGGGACGGCCUGGUCAUGUUUUGGUAGUUGAUGAAAUUGGGAAAAUGGAGCUAUUUUCAAAAAAGUUUAAAGACUGUGUUUCUGCUGCAUUUAGUUCACCAAAAGCCACAAUUUUGGGAACAAUUCCAAUUGCUAAACAGCGGCCUAUUCAGUUUGUUGAAGAGUUGCGCACACGUCCAGAUGUUAAAGUAAUAACAGUUGAUUACAACAAUAGAAAUGGUCUUGAAAAUGAAAUAUCUGAGAUGCUGAUAUCUGCAUUGAAAACAGUACACUGAAAUAUAAAUGUGUGUUGGAUGUUUGUAAUAAAUAAUUUACAUUAUA